CAUAUUGCUGUGUAUUUCGUUCCAGGUCUUCCCCCUUUGGACGGAACAACACAAUACUUACUGUUAAACACUGUCUGUAAUGGUCAAACCUUUCUCCCAUGGGUGGGAAACAGCCCCAAACUCACUUGUCAACGGUCACCCUGGGAUAUUUGCCUUCAUCAUUUACCAUUUGGGAGCUCGACUCCUCGGUUUAGUCCGUCCCAGCCAACAUCCGCCGUCGUUGGCGUGCUUAGAAGACAGCUUUGUCUUUCUGACUGCCCAUGAUCCCAUGGUCCCUCCUCCUUCUGUCGCAUCAUAUUUAUGUUUUAUCAUCAGACGUCUGACUAUGUGUGCUUAGUUCAUUUAGAUUUUUUUUCUAGCUUUUCUUUUUUGUUCUGGUUGUUUUUAUCGUGUGUGUGUGUGUGUGUGUGUGUUUCUUCCAUGUGGUCUGUUCAUUGUCUUUUUUAUCUUGUUCUCUGUGUCCUUUCCUUGUGCUGUUCUUCGUGUUCUUGACAUUGAUGUUUUUCAUUGUUCUUAUCGGUUCUCUAUGUUCUCUAUGUUUUUUGUUUUUUUUUUUGGUUUCUUAUCUUUUUUAAAAAAUGUCUAUAUCUUUUAUAUUAUUAGAUUAUUAUUUGAUCUUUUUCUUUUUUCCCCAUGUGUUUCUUGUCUAUUCUGUUGUUUUUCUCCUCAGAAACCCCUAGUUUUCUGUCAUACCUUGGUCGAAUCAUCAGACUGGUCAGUCACAUGUCCCUAAUCAGCCUGAUCAGCCACACCUGUGUUCACUCCACCCUUGUCUAUAAAACCCAGUGUCUCUCCUUCCUGCUCUGUUUGGCUGACUUGAUACCAGUGUUGUGUCCUCUGAUUCUUGAUGUAUUGGUUGUUUUUUGUUUUUUGUUUUGUUUUUGUUUUUUGAGGGGAUGGGUUUGAUUUUCUGUUCCAGUCUUAUUUUGUUUUUUGUAACUUGAGUUUUUUCUUGAACAUUCUUAGUUCCGCAUACCCCUUCAACCCCAUGUGACAGCUUGCAUGACAUUGCUUACUUGUGAAGACACUUCAUUAGGUCUUUGUAGUUCCCUGAGCACAAACAACACAUGGCAGCAUGUGUUAGCAGGCGACGGCUAAUGGAAAAGAAGUGACGUGACACACGGUGUGACUGUGCUGCAGACACAAACACCAGAGCAAAACUGACACAAUUAACAAGGAUGACGCGGUUGUUGGUGCAAAUUCACUUGACCCUGGUGGAGAGGGAAGAACAGCUGAUGUCAGUUGUACUGAAGGACAGUUUCUGUUGUCAGCCCACGCUUGUCCGUCUGCAUUGACAGAGAGACUCUGACUUCUCUCUUGUUACUGUAAUACGUUUACACUUAUUGAAGCUCCUAGACGUCCCAUCCAAACACUGUCAUGAUGUCAUCAAUUCAGGAUAAAAAUAGACUUGAUUCUCAGUCUGGAUUCUCAAGGGGGACGUAUCAUGUAAUAUUGACUUUUACUGUUAAGCUAGUGCUACUUCGCUGUGUGGCAAAACUAGUUUCGCUCCACGUUUGCGUGUACACUGUGAAGCACUCGCUCCUCAACGAUCCAUCUGGAAUAGAUGGGGGAUUUUUUUUUAUCCUAAAUGAACUAAUUUGGCUGCAAAGCCAUAAAAAACACUCUGCCGUACUGAUCACAUGACAGCGGUUAUGUGUUAGUUCAGCAAUUGUGCAAAAUUAAAGAGCUAGGAGCUAAAAAUGUACUGUGAGGGUGCGGCGAUUUCUGAAAUAAAAGUCAGUGUGAACAAAAGUGUGUUCCCUGUGCUUUAACUAUUACAGGAUCAAAUACUGUUUAAACAAAUACAGAUGUCGAUUCAGGACUGAGGAGUGUGAAAACAACAUUUGUCUCAGUUUUGUUGUGGAGUAUAUGUCUUUUUCUUAUUUGUGAAAAUCUGGAGCUGCGUGUCAAAAUAUUCUGGGUGGCUCAACCCGUGCUCACACUCCUUACUCUGUGAGUCCCGCCGUUUUGCUUUACACGUUCACACAUGCCGGACCGCGGUCACUCACGACCCAAAAGCUACGCACAGCUGCUAAUGUAGCACAGCGCUACUGAACAAAGCUUUGAUUAAUUUACAUGAAAACAUGGAAGUCAUGUUGAAGUAAAAAUGUCAACGUCCAGGUUCUAGACCCUUUCUUCUGGCUGUGAUUCUGACUCUGGGUCAAAUAUAUAUUGAUGUGGUUUGAAAGCAGUUUCUGUAUAAAAGAUCAAGCGUUGCCGUGGUUAUUUGAAGUGGGCGGAGGAAGCAGUGGCUCAUUACCAUUUAAAAGUAAAGGCACAGAAACCAUCCAUUCAAGUGUGUAGAAAACCCAGCUGUGCUCAAGCCUUUAGUUCUUUUUCAGCCAUGUUACUGUGGACAUCAAGGAACCGCCUUAAUAUUUAUAAAAGAAUGGGUUUUUUUUUAAAUGUAUAAUGCCCACAUCUGUAAAGUCUUCUGUGUAAAGGAACACAUUUGAAAUGUUUUUCAUCAUCUACAACGUACUUUCAGAUCAUAAAAUGAAUGACGUUUUUAACCCUAACCUUUACCACAACCUGAACCCCUUUCAUUACACAACUCUAUCACUGUUUAUGGAUUUUUUUACAAAUUGAUUGUGGAUUUUUGUACAUUGCAUCAAAAUCAUCCUAGACCAUAACAUUAGUCGUACCCGACAACCUGAAAAUCCAGCAGUCGGGUCUGAAGAGAAACACGGAGCAGGGAACCUCAGAGCUCAGAGUCAGACGUCGAGAUUUAGCUGACCUGUCCGUGUUUUAUGAAUUCAAAUGUGCCAGCAGGCAGUAUCCACUGGUAUCAGUAACAGCGAGAAAGCUUGGCACAGUAUAUAUAUACACCCGCAGCAUGUGUAAAACAAGCCUGUGACCCUGCUGGGACUAAAAAUACCACAGAACCAGGCCACGGAGAGGAAAAGGGAAAAACAAUCAGUUUAAAUGGAAGAGACUGUUGGCGGUGGUGUUGUGGUGGUUGUUGUUGUUGUUGUCAUUGUUUUUGUUGUUGGUGUUGUUGUAGCUGUUGUUGGUGUCCCACGUGUACGGCUGAUUUCCAUUAAAGUUAUGCCAGAAGUUAGUUGAAAGGGCAUCGAGUUUAAAAACCUCCCAAACCAACAUGAAUGAUUCAGAGUGUUUGUUGUCAUAUACAGUGGAUAAACAGGGAAACACAAUUCACUGAGAAAAGCCCAGAGAGCGUGGACUGCAUUGUGUCUUUUACUGCACAGAAAACGUGAAUUAGCCAAAAACGGCAGUGACUAGCUGUGUAUUUAUACAGCCAGUCAUGUGUUAAUACAGUACCUAUACAAAAAAAACACACUUUCAGUGUUCACUUACACGGUAUUCACAAUCGAUUCACAGUUUGAUUUGAAAAUGGAGCCUGAAAAGAAAAGAAACCAACAGCAUGAGUCUGGAGCUGAUGCUCGGAAAAACUGGCUGAAUUAUUAAAGAAUUCUCUGAUUUAAUCUGUGAGAUGUUGAAAUGUGAAGCUGGAAAAAAACAACCUCACAGUGGAGAUGGUUGGUCUGAUUGAAGAAGACUUGUGGAGGAGAAAGGUCACCCAGAGUUCGCCGCGACACGUGUGAGGUUUUAUUCAUUUAAGACCUGAUUUUGACGCGUGCAGUUAAAAGACUGUAACAGUCGAAUCAAACGUCUCGCUUCACUCGCCUCCAGCUCGUGUCAUCGCAGCCGAAAGACUCACAAACUCCUGUGGGACAUGAGUUCAAUUAACUCACUGUCACACCCAAGUCACAUGGAUAAUUGUGGCAGAAUUAAAGCUGUAAUUGUGUCACCUUCCAUAAGUAGGACGCGUCAGAGCAGGAGGAGGAAGCGAGGAGGAAAAGUCACAACAGGAAACGCGCUCAGACACAGGCACAUCACACUGAUGGACUGACAACAAGGAUGACAGUCCACCACCAGGGCAGUUCCGUUAUCGGCCCCAUUCAUCAGCCUUUCCUCUGUUUUGGAGGAAACACCUCACCUGGAGCCAGUGGUUUCUGGGUCAAAAUCCAAGAUCACAUGUUCCUACAUUUCUAUAUGAAGAAAUAAAACAAAAAAUGCAAAUAGUUCCACAAGUGCUUGUUGUGGUAGUGGGUGGUCACCCCUUUGGACUCCACAGUCCAAAAACAGGUUAAUUAUUCACUCCUUACUGACUGUAGGUGUGAAUGUAAGCGUGAACUGUCCAUGUUGUUACCCUGACUCUGUUUUAUGAGUCUAAACGCACAAAAAAAGUAAAAUUUUCCUUCAGUAAAAACUAAAGGUUUCUACUGUCUCUUUCUUUGGACACAGAGACGAAGUUAGGACUGUUUCUUAAAAGAGUUCAAAAGACAAGACGUGACGCUAGUGUUCCAUUAAUUUGCGCUUUGCACCAAUGCUGCCAUCUUUUGGCCUUAAUAUAUACCGCGCACCGUGAUGAUGUGGUGGAAAACUGAGGGAACACUGGGAACGAGUUGUGUUUUAUCACAGUGAUAGUCACGCUGAGCACUGUGCAGUGUUUGAGUGUAACUGGUCUGUAAAGUAUUCUUUAUUUACUGCGAAUGAUUUGACCUUCAUCAACACGACAGACAGGGAGAACAAUUACAUACUCUCCCACUAGAGGGCGAUAAAUAGCUGUGUUGUGCUACGUGUCCUUUUUCUGCAUUUUUGUUUGUCUUUCUUUUUCAUUUUACAAACAAACACAUUUUUUGGACCAUGUUCAUGUCCAGUUCCAGACAAAAUACCCAGUAUAUUUUGUCUCCUUCCACUAUAUAUAAUUUGAAGCUGUACAAAUAGACAUAUGUAUUUUGCUUUAAGUGACUUUGUUUGACCUGGCUGACCACCAGAGGGCACUAUGAUCAUGGUACAUAACAUGGUAAUAAGCAAAAUAUUAUUAUUAUCAUUAUUAUUAUUUGCAAUACUAAUAAUAAUCUUUUGUUGUUGUGAUGUGUGUAUUUAUUUUAGGAUUGACAAAUCAGAACCCAGCAUAAAAUGAACCAAUGUGACAAUAAUAAUAAUUUCCAACUCUUUCAGAGUCGGUGGUACAGUGGAUACUUACUGUGAGCACAGGCAGAGUUGUUAUUUUUGGCCAUGUUUGUUGUUGAUACAGAGUCCAGAGCUUCUAAGGAAAUAAAAGAAAGAUCAGUUAUUAGAGCUUAGUAAAUCUAAACUAAUACACUACAACACAAGUCAGUUUUAUUAAGACCAAUGUCAGCUCCCCACUUCUGGCCUCUGAUGAAACAAAUCCUAACACUGCUUAAACCUUGGAAUGCUGUGUAAGACCCUUCCCGAUCCCACAGUAAUGAAACCAAACACUGUCAGUCCAGGCUGGGUCUCCUCAGGACACGCUCACUGAUAUUAUUAUUGUUGUUGUUGUUAUUGUUGUUGUUGUUGUCAUUUUUGGAGCUCGGGCUCUGUCUCUCUGCGUGUGUCUCAGCAGGACCAAGUGAAAGAAGAAAGAAGUAGGAAAGUCACGCUGACGUCGUCUCACAUGUCUCUCAGCAGCAGGUCAUGUGUUUUCAAAGGCUGGCCAACAUUUCCAGCUUUGUUGCCAUAAUAUACUGGAGACUCAGGUCAACAGAGUCAGGAUCAGAGCACAGUUCAGUCCACAGGCGGACAGACGGUGUUGGACGACCCCCGGCCUACUAUUACAAGUGGGAAGUUUGAAAAUCAUUUCAAAAUGAAUAAAUGAGAAUAUAAACAUCAAAGUCAAUUUUUUUAAGCCUCAGUUCUAGCCUCACCAAGAGUGCGCUCAGUGGUUGGGACUAUGAUGACACCAUGAAGACAUCAGUCCCAAGAUAGAAUUUGGUUGAAUUUGAGACAAAUGUUGUUGGCUCAAGCAGUGUUUCCUAAACGUUUUUUCUGGGGACCCAUAUUUUAAAAGUCAACUCAAGUCAACAGACAUUAUACGUAAACACCUGGGAAACAUAAUGCAAGACGACCCUCCUGAGGGUCGCGACCCAGUCUUUGGGAAACAAAGAAUAAAGGACUGUUUCUCAAAUGUUUUUAACUGUAGUACAAUGAUGCUGUUACAAGCAGUCCAACGACUGCAACUGGUAGCUAAGUUUCCUUCUCCAACCACACUUACAAAUCGUCAAAGUUUAACGCUGAACUUCAAGUUUCUUAUAAUCAAAUAAGGCGUUCAACAGCUGAGUGUCUGAAUCAUGUAACCCUGGAGGGAGCCAGUGUACGCACAGUGGUUCACGCACAGAUCACGUCAACAGUUCUUCAGCUGUUGCAACAACACUUCCUUUACUUAAUAGGUACAAUAUGUAAAUCUUCUUCUUCUUCUUCUUCUUUAUAGCACACACUUGUUUUCCUGGAAACUCACAAUCACACACACACGCACAUCGUCACUGACCUACUGUUGACCAGAGCAGCAGGCAAACCACUGUUUGUUCCUGACAUACAUCAGGUGCACGGUCGGUUUGACUCCAGUUAGCUGUAUGGUGUUACAGGUAUCAACAUCAUCAUCAUCACUACUGAUUGUUGCCAGUAAACAGUGGCCGACUGUGAGCACCUGCUCACACUCUGUCUCUACACAUGGACAGCUACUGGAACAGCACUAUGCGGCGUGACUGUGAAGUGGUGAAGGAAACUCUGCAGACGUACUAUCUGUCAGUGUCAUACAGUCUGGAGUUCUGCGUCGGUUUCCUUGGUAAUCUGGUAGUCGUGCUGGGCUACAUGCUCUGUUUGCCACAGUGGCAGAGCUUCAACAUUUACCUCAUGAACCUGGCAGUGUCUGACCUCAUCUUCCUGUGCACGUUGCCGCGCCUCGCCUACCUGUACGCAAAUGACCAGAAGGAAUCCAGUCCUUAUGCCUGCAUGGUCAACCGCUACAUCCUGCACAUGAACCUUUACUCCUCCAUCCUCUUCAUGGUUUGGUUGAGCAUGGACCGCUUCCUGCUCAUAAAACAUCCAUUUAGGAACCACUACCUGCUCAGGUCUCGGACGGCCCUGAUCGUGUCUGGCCUGACCUGGCUGGCGGUCAACGUCCAAGUGUGUCCACUCAUAAUACUGAUGAUACAGGACCAGGAGUACAGGAACUGGAGUACCUGCACAGACUUUGCCAGUCUGAAAGGCCAGGUGAACUCACUGAACUACAGCCUGGGCCUCACCCUGACUGGAUACGUUCUUCCUCUCAUCGCUCUUUGCUGUUUCUCCUACCAAAUCGCACAUUUGCUCCGAGUUCAAGAGACAGUGGUGCAGCAAAGAGGAAGGUCCUUCAAGCGUCCUCUCAGGGUGGUGGUGUCGGUGGCGGCCAUGUUUUUCUGUCUUUACACCCCCUACCAUGUGCUUAGAAACGUCACCAUAGCCUAUCAACUGUCUUGGCCCAGACCACCGCUGUGUACCAGCGUGUACACGCAGGUCCUGUACAUCCUCAGUCGACCACUGGCGUUCCUGCACAGUGUCAUCAACCCUGUGUUCUACUUCUUCAUGGGUGACAAGUUUAAAGAACUUUUAUCCAAGAACCUCAGGAAGUUGCUGAGAAAAACAGAACAACAGAAAAACCCUUCUCUUGACUUACAGCUAAAGGUCGCCUGUUCAAUUCCCAAUGGUGACUGAUUGUUAUACUGAGUUUGCAUUUUCUCACAUUGUGUCCAUGCCUUUUCUCCAAUUUUUUCCACAAUCUAAGUGUAGCUGUGUGGAAGUAGGUGUGAACGUUAGUGUGAAUGUUUGUCUAUAUCUGGCACUGGGUGAGCUGUAGAACUGUCUAACCCCACCCUCGCCCCCGGACUUCAGGGAUUCACUCCAGCUAAAGCGAAGCAAAUAUAGCCAAAGCCGGGUUCAUGUUGAGUCUUUGAAUGAAGAUUUUGUUGAUGUUGUAAAAACAAUUUUAUAUACAUUGUUCUUUGUGUUAAAAUGUGUACAAAGAUAAAACAUCUGUUGCUUCAUUAAGUCAGCUUGCUCUUAAUUGUCUUCUGGUUUUGUGUAAUAAAUAUAAAUAAAGUCAUAGUUACUGACUGCUGCUUACUGACUCGUGACUAGAGAUGUAACGAAGCAUCAUGAAUCGAUUAAAAAUCAAUUCAAAUACAUGAUGAUUCGCAUCAGAUUUUAAAAAAUACCAUCAGGGUUAAUGUUAGCUACAACAGUCCUGGUACAGACACC